AUGACUAACGGACAAAAUUUUUCUAAUAUCAUGACAAAUAAUUUACCAGUCAAUAACGUUUUUUCUAUCUCUUACAAGAAUCGAGAAAAAAUGGCUGAAAGUUACGGUAUCUUGAUUUCGAAAAACCUUCCGGUUCGAGAUCCGCCAAAACAGUUGACAAACACCAAUCCAUCGAAAAGACAUCGAGAGAGACUAAAUGGAGAACUCGAAACCGUGGCGAUGCUCCUUCCCUACGACGGCGCAACCAUCAGCCGAUUGGAUAAACUUUCAGUUCUCCGACUUGCUGUCAGUUUCCUCCAAUGCAAAGCUCACUUUCAAGGAUCUAUUUUCAGGAAUAUUUUCUCGUUAAAAAAAAACAAAAUUUCAAUUUUCGAUACAUGCCUCCACAAUUCUCAAUUCCUUUCUUCUGGAUUUCCACUGUCUACUCAUUCAUACUCCUAUCAACCACAUGCUCCAAUACCGUUUUCCAACAAAGUUCCAACAAUAUUUGAUCCUCGAAUCGGAACUCCACUACUGGAUCCAGAAGAAGCGAAUUUUGAAGAAAUAGCUCUGAAAUCUCUCGGAGGAUUUAUUCUCGUUCUGAACGACAACGGAGAAAUCUAUUAUGCAUCUGAAAAUGUGGAAGGAUAUUUAGGAUUCCAUCAAUCUGAUAUCCUACAUCAACCAGUCUAUGAUCUCAUUCAUUCCGAGGAUCGGGACGAUAUUCGACAACAACUAGACGUCAAUUUCCAUAUUCCGACUUCUCCUUCUUCUUCAUCCAGCUCACAGUUGGAUAUAUAUGCUGCGCAGAAUUCCAAAUAUCUGGAUCGAAAUGUGAAUGCCAGAUUCAGAUGCCUCCUUGAUAACACAUGUGGAUUCUUGAGAAUCGAUAUGCGUGGAAAAUUGAUGUCUCUUCAUGGACUUCCAACUUCUUAUGUGAUGGGAAGGACUGCUUCAGGACCGGUUCUCGGGAUGAUUUGCAUCUGCACACCAUUCGUUCCCCCAUCAACAUCCGAUUUGGCGUCAGAGGAUAUGAUUCUCAAGACGAAACACCAACUCGAUGGAUCACUUGUUUCUAUGGAUCCAAAAGUCUACGAAAUGCUGGAAAUCCAUGAUUCUGAUCUCCCGAUGUCCCUUUAUAAUCUUGUCCAUGUGGAUGAUGCGGUCUGUAUGGCUGAAGCACAAAAAGAAGUAAUCAAAAAUGGAUCAUCUGGAAUUCUAGUCUACCGUCUAGUCAGCACUAAAACGCAUCGAGUAUAUUUUGUGCAAAGUUCGUGUCGAUUGUUUUAUAAAAACAGUAAACCGGAAUCAAUCGGGUUAACCCAUAGAUUAUUAAAUGAGGUCGAAGGAACGAUGCUUUUGGAGAAAAGAAGCUCUUUGAAAGCAAAAUUGCUGUCUUUUGACGAUUCAUUUUUGCAAUCUCCCAGGAAUCUACAAUCCACAGCUGCACUUCCGAUUCCUCCAACUAUCAAAGAGGAGCCUGAUGGGUACGUUCCAGGGAGAAACAACUGUAUUCGCUCUAAUAGAAGCCCACCCUUUAAGUGCACUUUGAGCUCAAUUAUGCUAGAACCAUCUACAUCCACUGCUCUCUUCUCAACACUUCCUGUUCCUCCAACCAACACUCCAUCAAAAACUAAUCGUCGAAAAAAGGAGAAUGCCGAUAUGGUGGUAUCUAUUCCAGCUACAGUACCACCACCACAACAUUUUGAAAUGCAAAUGUUUGAUCCAUCAUGGAAUCAUGGAGUACCAUGGGCUCAUGAUGUCUAUCAUCAAUAUCCACAGUCAUAUCUACCUCCACCAGUGGCACCGAUAGUCGGUUAUCCAGAGGUUCCGAUAGCACAAAUCGACUAUUCCCCAUGGCAGCAAAAUGAUGUCCAAAUGCAAAUGCCAAGUCUUACUCACGGAUUCAUCCCAGAUGCUCAAAAGGUAAAAAGUUCAAGAUUUUAA